AUGGAGAAAUCAAAGACACCUCAAGUCUUUCACCCCUCGCAAUUUUCAUCCGCGAUAUUUUCAGUCACUCUCGCAAUUUGUUUCGUGGCGCUGAUUCACGUCGAGAUCGAACUUCAUGUUCAUCGUCAAAUGCUUCAAGUUUUAAAUCAAGAGAGAGAAGACAGCACCGAGCUACGAAAAGUAGUCGAUCGUCAUGAAAAAACCAUGGAUUCUGUGUUGAAGAUGUUACAGAGUGGAUCACCAACAGGUAAUUGCAUACUUAUUAAACUAUCCCUCGUCUUCAAUUUUUCUCAAUUUUUAACAUCCAUAUGCAAUUAAAAAAGAAUCGAAAGAAUAAUUAAUUUAAAAUAAGAAAAAGGUAAUUGCAAUUUCAAGUUGGCUCACUCCCGGAGCUCACUCAGUUAAGCGACAAACUCUUAUGUUUGAAGCGCCUUUUACGCGAGGUGCAACUUUCACUCAGUUCAUACGUGCUGAUCAAAGCAAGUAAUCCUAAGUAUUUUUUUUUGCUCGCUUUGCCUCUUUUGAAAGAGUAGGGAAAGGGAAGUUACUGCUAUUCAGCACUAAAUUCCUGUAAAGCUGAGACGGAUGCAUUUAGGGACUGGUCAAAAAGUAUGGGGGGGGGGGCCGGAGCAUUUGGAAAUGUGGUUCAUAAAAAACACAUGACCCACCCCCUCCCUUCGGCACAAAAAUGACUGACCCACCCCUAAAGCAAGGUUGGAAAUUGCAUGACCCACCCCCUAGUUAAAACGUGGAUGUUCGGUUUCCUCUUGUUCUGUGCUUGACAAAAUUUGUUGAUACACUGCUACAACCAAUAUCAAAAUCACAGAAAUCAUACCUUUCACUGAAAAGACGAAUGUGAAAAACCGAACAUUUCUUGUUUCAAUGGACGUUUAAAUAUGAGUCUUGACGCAAAUAUACAGCAAAACGAGGGUAUAUUGAAAUUUUCUGUCACAAAGCAUAUGAAAAUUUCAACAAAGACAACCCAUUCCUACACAUUACUUGCCCGAAAUGCUUAGAUUAAUCCUCAAAGAAAAUUUCUUCCACUUCAGUGGAAAGCACUAUCUACAAAACCAUGGAACUGCAAUGGGCACAAAGACAGCAGUUUUGAUUCCUUUGCCAAUGUUUUCAUGACAUAUAUUGAAACAACAACUCUAAGCAAAACUGUCUUUAGAACAACAGUUUGGAAAUGCCACAUACACGAUAUCUUUUCCCUAUGGGACAUGAGUAGACCAGACAUCGAAGCCUUCAUUGAACAAGCAAGCUUACAUCACCCAACUAAUGAAUUCACGGCCGAAACAUUUAACACUGAGACUGCGUUUUUAGACACGGUUGUAUACAAAGGCACAAGAUUCAAGGAAAAAUCUAUCCUUGAUGCAAAGACACAUUUUAAACAAACGGAAAGCUUCUUGCACACACAUUUCACCUCGUGUCACCCUCCAAAUGUUAAAAAAAGAAUUUGUCAAAGGAGAAGCCUUAAGAAUCCUCCCAAAAACACUCUUCAGAAACGACCUUUGAGGAAAAUAAUUCAAAUUAAAAAAAAAAAAAAACGCUUGAUGGACGGAGGCUACCCACAAUCUUUCAGGGGCACCCAACGUCAAUUUUCGGAAAAUAACUGUUCGAAAGACGAUUUGAGAUCUAGAAUUUUCGGAACAUUUGUUGUAAAACUUCUUGUUUGUCUUCCCCUCCAAGGAUUUUCGAACAUCUAAAAAAACGGUAUAAUUGCCUAUUUUUUGAUCCCUAUAAUUUUCGUAUCACUAGACUUUCAGCUAGGAGAUCCAAACAGAUGGAAAAUUCUUAGGGGAUAAAAAUAUGCCUAUAUCUAUUGUUUAAAUUGGUUUUGAAGUAUAUUCUUGUUGGGUGCCCCUUAUCUUUGAUAGAAAACCUACUAUCAGAAAUAAAAUUCACGAAAGGGAGUCUAAACUCCUAAAACAAAACAACAAGGAGGAAAAAGAAAUAUUGCCAUUCAUGACACAAUACCAGCCCUCAGUGUCUACUAUAAAAGAAGCUUGAAUGAAAAAAUGGAAUCUUACACAAAACCAAAUAUAACUUCAAUAAAUUUUUAAAGAACCACCAAUCAUUUCCUUACAAAAAAGAAGAAAAACGGCUCACAGAGGGUUCCACGCCCGUAUAGAUGUGCGGCCUGUCAACCUUUGUAUUUUCUCGCACAACACGUUUGUGAGUAUUUUAGCAAUAAUUCCAGUUGGCUGUGUUUUAUAUAACAAGUGUAGUCAACUGUCUCGUUAGUAGUUAGUAAAAAAUAGGGUGACCCACCCCCUAAGGGUAGCUGAAAAUUGCACGACCCACCCCUUGCACAAGGCUCAAAACCUCAUGACCCACCCUCUCUCUGCUCCGGCCCACCCCCCUCUAUACUUUUUGACCAGUCCCUUAGCAAGGAUUUGAUCAACACUUCCUCUUUAUCUGAAAAUGCCAGACUGAUUAAAUUCUUCUAAGGCCCACAUGGCACGAAACAAAACUCGCGAGGACAAGGAACUUUGCUCCA